AUGCGUGUCCUACAUCUCCUCCCGCUGCUAUGGUGUCUCGUCGAAGCCAGGAUAGAUCGGAAGAAAAUAGUACAGAUCUUCAACCCGCGUCGUAAUGCCAGCUCCCCCACGACACCGCUGCAGGUAGGCAACGGCAACUUCGCAUUUGGCGCCGAUAUCACCGGCCUGCAGACCUUCAGCCCCUUCGCGACGAUGUCAACCUGGGGCUGGCACAACUUCAGCCUACCUACAACGCCGGGCCAAACCUCGAUCGAGGACUACCACGGCACGGAAUGGUGGACCCACGGCCGGCUGGUCCAGUACAACAUGGCCAAUCCCUCCAACAACGACAUCGCCAACUGGCUUCGUGAGAACCCCCAUCGCAUCAAUCUGUGCAACAUUGGCUUUUUAUUCGAGGACGGUCAAAAAGGCAAGGUAACCGUCACGGAGGGCAUGCUCGACCAGAGGGAUCAGAUCCUGGACAUGUGGACGGGCGUCGUCCGCUCUAGCUUCACCUACAAUAACAUUACCGUCAAGGUCGAAACUUGGGUGGACCCGGCCUCAGACACCGUUGCCGUGUCCGUCGACUCGAAGUUGCUCUCUUCUGGCGAGCUAUCUAUUUUUUUCGAUUUCCCCUACCCAACCAACGACAAGUUCGGCGCGCCUUUUGUCGGCGCUUUCAAUCAGACGGACAAGCACAAGACGUUCCUAUCGACCUGUGGUGAUGGGGAAAACCGGGCAAAUAUCCAUCAUGAUCUGAGCACGGCGGCGUAUGACCUGGGGCUCGAGUGGGACGUUGCGGGCGGCAAAGGCACGGUUAAGGCGCCGACUAACGGGAGCCACCGACAUGUCCUAUCCAUCAGGAGUACGGACACACUCCGCUUCACGGCCACAUUUGCAACCUCCAAACCGGCGAGGCAGCCCACCUUCGAAGAUGUUGUUGCAGCGUCGCGGGAGUGGUGGCCUGAUUACUGGUCCAAGGGGGCUUUCAUCGAUAUGACAGGCGCCGCAGAUCCCAGGGCGACGGAGCUCCACAGGCGAACGGUUCAGUCUCAGUAUCUCGCGGCGGUCAACUCGGCGUCGGACUAUCCUCCACAAGAGUCCGGGCUCGUGAACAACGGAUGGUUUGGCAAGUUCCACAUGGAGAUGACCCUUUGGCACACCCUGCAGUUCGCCCGCUGGAAUCACCACGACCUCCUCGCCCGCUCCCUCCCUCAGACUUAUACCCGCCUCCUCCCCUCAUCUCUUGUUCGUGCCUCGACGCAAGGCUACACUGGCGCCCGUUGGGGCAAGAUGACGGACCCCUCCGCCACCGACGCCCCCGGCGAGAUCAACACUCUUCUGAUAUGGCAGCAGCCGCACACCAUGUACUUCGCCGAGCUCGAAUACCGUCACAAACCUUCCCAAGAAACCCUGACAAGGUGGGAAGAAGUACUUACAGCCACGGCUGACUUCAUGUCCUCGUACGCCUUCCGCAACGAGACCACGGGGUUCUACGACCUUGGCCCGCCAAUGUACCCCGUCUCGGAGAAUACCAGCCCCAACGCAACUGUGAACCCGACCUUUGAGCUCGCAUACUGGCGUUUCGGACUCGACGUCGCGAUUGCCUGGAAACUCCGCCUCGGUAAGCCCGCCCCGAAGUCCUGGAUAACCGUGCGGGAUAACCUCGCGCCCUUGCCGGUGGUGAACGCCACGUACCCCGUCUACGAGGGCAUACCGGACAUGUGGACCAGCAUGAAGACGGUGCAGGACCACCCGGCUAUGGCAGGGAUCUUCGGCCUGCUGCCGCCGCCUGCGUCCGGGCCGCCGCUGAACCGCACGGUACUCGAGAACACGGCCGCGCGCAUCUGGGAGCUGUGGGACCUCGACGAGUCGUUUGGCUGGGAUUUUCCCAUGCUCGCGAUGAACAGCCUACGUCUGGGCGACUCACAGCGAGCGGUUGAGUAUCUUCUGCACCCGACAUUCCAGUUUGAUGACGCAGGCUACCCCGUUGGCGGUGCCAGGGUGCCGACGCCGUACUUCCCGAGCUCGAGUAGCCUGCUGCUUGCGAUGGCCAUGAUGGCUGGAGGGUGGGAUGGUGGGGAGGGGCCGCACUUCCCCGAGGGAUGGGAUGUCGUGGUGGAAGGCUUCGCCCCUGGACUGUGA